GUGUUUAUAGCAUUGUGUCAAAUAAGUAACGAAUAAAAACCAUCUCAUCCGAGGAAAUUGACUCUUGGACAUGGAUUAUCGUGAUAAUAACUACUUAAAAUAAUAAUCACGUUUGAAGAAACUGUAUUUGAGGAGUAGGCAAGUGUCAUUUUUAUGAAAAGUGCGGGACCUGUAGCAAUAAUAGCCAGCCACGAGGGGUCUCACUUUGACUGAAUUUAUGUCCUCACUCAUCAUGUCAUCACUCUGUCAUGUUCGCAUGCUUAAUCGCCAGCAAGAGCCUGUAUCCCCGCCCGCCCCGACCAGGUACGGUAACCGUUAACGUUACUGUCGUUCAAAAUGUCCAACGAAUCCGCUUUAGUUGAGAGCAUCGGCAGAGCCGUCCUGGCGGCUAUCCAAAAUGUUUCAACAACGACAACAACCGCCUCCGGGCCACCACAUGCCACCACACCGGUUCCCACCACUUACAAUUACACACCGGGGCCAGCCACACCCACCACCUCCACUGGGACAUCAUACCGCUCGGGCUCUAGCACCAGCGUUACCACACCUUUACCAGCAACAGACUUCGCUCCAGUGACCUGUCUGUCAAAUGACUACCAAGGAAGACAUCAGAUUUCCAAAGAGGAGCUUGAACAUGUUCUUUCACUGAAAACCACCUUUACAGAAGCGGCAUCUAUUCUUUCAAUCUCAAGGCCAACUUUCUACAAGUUACUGCAAGACCAUAAUAUCCCAACAUCAAAAUUUAAGAGCAUCAGUGAUCAACAGUUGGAUCUUGAAGUGUCACACAUAAAAACUGAACACCCAAAUGUUGGAGAAGUGAUGCUUAUGGGGCAUCUCCGCUCCAAAAACAUUGUGGUUCAAAGACAACGUGUAAGAGAUUCACUGCGAAGAAUGGACCCAAUUGGUGUCCUAGCCAGGAGAAGAACAGCAAUAGCUCGGCGAGUAUACUCUGUCCCCCAUCCAAAUUUCAUAUGGCAUGUAGAUGGAAAUCAUAAGUUGAUUAGGUGGAAAUUAGUUGUUCAUGGUGCCAUAGACGGCUACAGUAGGAUGUUGAUGUUUCUUCACUGCUCCAACAAUAAUCGUGCUGAAACUGUUAAAGACCUCUUUACUGCAGCUGUUGGACAGUUUGGCAGACCACUGCACAUCAGGACUGAUCACGGAGGAGAAAACGUUCAAAUUUGGGAGGACAUGCAUGCGAGCAGGGGGGAAGGCUCUGUAUUAACAGGAAGUUCUGUACACAACCAGAGGAUAAAGCGUUUUAAUCGAGACUUGAACAAAAACUGCAGCCAUGUUUAUGCACCCAUUUUUUAUGAACUGGAAUCCCUGGGUAUCCUAGACAUUGACAAUGCAACAGACCUAUUUUGUCUCCAUUAUGUCUUUCUACCCCGAAUCAACCGCACUUUGGAGGAAUUCAAAGCUGGAUUUAACAAUCACUCUAUAUCAUCUGAAGGAAAUAGAACACCAGUUCAGCUUUUUACUCUGGACAAUGAUUUGCCUCAUUUUCACAACCCAGAACUCUCAACAGCAGGGGUAGUUUUUUGCUAA